GGCGCGUGGAGCAUCCUCUGUUCCUCGCGCGGGAGCAGGGGGCUCGGAGAGGCCAUGGAGCACGGAGGACUGCUGGGGCCGCAUCUGCAGCAGCACGCGCACGUGGAGCCGAUCAGCUUCGGCAUCGAUCAGAUCCUCAGCUCCGUGGAGCAGAGCUGCAUGCUGGGCUCCAGGAUGCACGAGCCGGACUACGGACACCUGGCUUACAACGGCGGCGCGAGCGGCGGCGUGAAUGGCGGCUUCGCGUGCACUAACGGUGGAUACAGCGGAACCAGCAGCUCGUGCGGGAUGACCCUCGGCGGAGCUUAUCACAUGAACAUGGCCGUGAACAUGAACGGCACAAACAUGAAUCCUGCCGGGGUCAUCCGGGUCCCCGCGCACCGGCCUCUGAGCGCCGGGAGCUCGUCUCUGCCGCCCGUGAGCGGCAGCAUCAACAACCUGACCGCGCUCACGUUCCCCUGGAUGGAGAGCAACCGGCGGUACACCAAAGACAGGUUCACAGGUCACCCCUAUCAGAACCGGACGCCUCCUAAGAAGAAGAAGCCUCGUACGUCGUUCACCAGGCUGCAGAUCUGCGAGCUGGAGAAGCGUUUCCACCGGCAGAAGUACCUGGCCUCAGCGGAGAGGGCCGCGCUGGCCAAAGCCCUGAAGAUGACCGACGCUCAGGUCAAAACCUGGUUCCAAAACAGACGCACCAAAUGGAGGCGGCAGACGGCGGAGGAGCGGGAGGCGGAGCGGCAGCAGGCCAACCGGAUCCUCAUGCAGCUGCAGCAGGAGGCCUUCCAGAAGACCAUCAACCAGCCGGUGACCCCGGACCCGCUGUGCCUGCAGAACAGCUCUCUGUUUGCCCUGCAGAACCUGCAGCCCUGGACCGAGAACACCGCAAAAAUCAGCAGCGUUUCAGCCUGCGAGUAGAGCCGACACACACGGCCUGGUGGUGACUGCUCGGCGGCAGAGACUCUUCGUUCAGAGCGGGCCUCGGUGCAGGACGCUGCUUCAUAAAUGUCAGGUCACGUCCCUGUUGUUCUGCUUAUUACCCACCUUCUGCCUGACAGACACUUCAGCUGGGCUGCUACACCUAACGAGGACCACAGUCUGAGGAGGAUCCUGCUGUGGAGUGAAUCCCUGCUUCAGCCCCACAGACAGCAAGCUGCAGGCCUACUGGAAGUCAUUUGGAGGCAUCAUGACGAACACUGUGCUUCAGAGACUCAGCACAGACAUGCAUCCGUGUGUUGUUGUAUUAUAAUUUACCUAUAAGGGACUUGAUAUUUCAAAAACAGCAUAUUUUCAUAUUUGAUGUCUCACAAUAUGUCUCUGCCAUCAGUUGUGGGUAUUUAUCUGCUAUGUUUAAUAGACCUGACUGCAAAAAUACAGAGCACUUGUUUUUACACCUUUGUAUGAAUUCAAAUAAAUAAUCUGACAGAAGGAACAGGAGUCCUUAAGAUGAAUAAGACAUACUUUAGGGAUGCAUUAAACUGUCAGAGGCAUCUGAUUAAAAGAAGAAAGAAAAGUCUAACAUCACAGCUGGCAAUAACCACACUUUUGAUCGCAGUUAAGUUACAUUUUCUUGGACUCUUACUUUUGUAUAAAUAUUUUACACACUGCACUUCUUCUAUUUCACUCUCACCACUGAGAUCAACAAGCUGAUGAAUGAGAAACAAAGAGCAGUCAUGGCAUUUAUCAUCUUUUUCUCAUUGUUCACCUUUGCAGUGUGUGUUUGUGGAAUGAUCUGGACUUGCAGGCUCUUCUACCUUAAUGGUGCUCAAAGCGCUCGACAGUGGCGACAGAUACACACCAUGGCGACUGAGCUGCCACGCAUGGGUUCGUGUGUGUGUGCGUGUGCCUGUGUGUAUGAAAACAUGGAUAAAAUCCAAAACAUAUUCAACAUGAUUUUUCUUCCUGUGGGAUUACAUUUUUACCUGAUGUACAUUUGUAUGCCACAUAUGUAUUUUAUCAUUUACAGUAAAUUUGACAGACAUUUCCAGAUGUUCUAGGUGCCACCAUGUCUUA